AGGGAGGAGGGAGGAGGGAGGAGGCCGUGGGGACUGCGAUGGCGAGCGUGGUUUUCCUGCACCCGGACCUGGGGAUCGGCGGCGCCGAGCGGCUGGUGUUGGACGCUGCGUUGGCGCUGCACCGUCGCGGCUGCAAGGUGCAGAUCUGGACGGCUCACCACGACCGGGCGCGCUGCUUCGCCGAGAGCCUGGAUCCGGGGCUGGGCGUGAGGUGUGCGGGCGACUGGCUGCCCCGCUCUAUGCUGGGCCGCGGCCACGCCGUCUGCGCCGCGCUGCGGAUGCUCUUCGUUGCCUUCUACCUGGUCUUCCUGAGCGGCGAGGAAUUCGACGUGGUCUUCUGCGACCAGGUGUCCGCCUGCCUCCCCGUCCUCAAGCUGUGCCGCCGCCCCAAGCGGGUGCUCUUCUACUGUCACUUCCCCGACCUGCUGCUGAGCCAGAGGCGGACCCUACUCAAGAGGCUGUACCGGUGGCCCCUCGACUGGCUGGAGGAGGCCACCACCGGCCUGGCCGACCUGGUGCUGGUCAACAGCAGGUUCACGGCCGGCGUCUUCAAGCGCACUUUCCGCAGCCUGAGCCACCUGGACCCCGACGUGCUUUACCCGUCCCUGAACGUGGCCGCCCUCGACAAGGAGGCGCCGGCCGCCGACGUCCCGCUGCCGCCCGACAAGCAGCUGCUUUUCCUCUCCAUCAAUCGGUUCGAGAGGAAGAAGAACUUGGUUCUGGCGGUGGAGGCCUUGCACGCCCUCCGCGCCAGGCUGGCCUGGGCCGACUGGCAGACGGUGCACCUGGUCCUGGCCGGAGGCUACGACCCGAGGCUGCAGGAAAACGUGGACUAUUACCGGGAGCUGCAGGAGCUGGUCGGGAGGCUGCAGCUGUCCGACGACGUGACUUUCCUCAGGUCGUUCUCGGAUGAUCAGAAGGUUUGGCUACUCGGCCGCAGCAGCUGCGUGCUGUACACUCCGAGCAACGAGCACUUCGGCAUCGUGCCCUUGGAGGCCAUGUAUGCCCGGCGCCCUGUCAUCGCCGCAAACUCAGGAGGGCCCCUGGAGUCCAUUCAAGACCGGGUCACUGGCUUUCUCUGUCAUCCUUCGCCAAGCUGCUUCGCCGAAGCCAUGGAGAAGCUUGUCAUGACUCCCGAAUUACGGGCAAAAAUGGGAGAAGCUGGAAGAACUCGAGUGCUACAAACAUUUUCUUCAGAUGCCUUCGAAGAACAAUUAUAUCGCUAUAUCUGCACGUUAGCACAUUGAAAUCUACGACAGGGUGGAAUGGUAGUUGCAGUGUUAAUGCAUUUGCACAAUGUGACAGCUGUCACGCUGGCGGAAAAGUUCUUUUUUCUAAAGCUGGCGGCACAUGUAAAUUACAUGUAAUAUGAAAGGAUAGUUUUAGGUCCGUUAAAGUGAAAUGUGCAGUAUGUGCCAGGAAGAGGGCAGGUCGAAUUUUAAAACCUAAGUAGAAAACCAAGGUAUCCCAUACAGAAUGAGAACCGUUUUGGAGACAUGAAUAGAGGGGAGAGGAUGCUAUGAAAUUGACAGAAAUGGUGGAAAUUUAUCUGGCAACAUGAAACAUUCUUUAAGCAAGCAAUAUUUUAAUAAAAAUGCAAACGUUUUCUUUGUCCUGUGAUCUAAAAUACAAAUAUAA